AGGAUCGACAGGUCAGAAUAUGGGUUGGUUAGUUGAUGGUUCGGAACAAAUAGAUAUUGCAACAAAACCUGUGUUUGUUACACCAUUGAAAGAGGGAUCCAAAAGAAUGAUGCUGCUCCAAAAUGAUAUGGAUGGUGAUUCAGGAGAAGACGGAGGCUACUUGAAAGAUGGGUCGAAUGAGCUAGGUUCUGGCGAAGGGUCUUGGAAAACGUCUAAACUUUUAGCCCCGACCCCGAUGCGUGGUGAAAACUUGGGACAAGACAUGCCGAAAGAAGACAUGGAACGUAUCGUGAUUAUAGAAAAACCUAUUUCGUCCUGGUCCCACAAAUCUCAUAAUCGUCUCUGGCACGGAUACAAAAUGGCAAGAAAUGGCAAAGCUGCCUGUCCAAACUGCGACGAAGCAAAUAUGGCUUGAUUUACUGUCCUUACUGAUGUAAUAAUGCGAUAAAAGUUACAAAAUUCAUUCAAGUUGUUAUUAGGCCUUUAUUCAGUUUGAAAAUAUAGAUUUUACUUUCG